UUUGUGCUCCAGGCGAUCUCGGUCUCAUAGGUCCGUUCCUUCUAGCUCUAACAUUCCAAAUUUUGGAAUGUGGAACCAUUUAAGAGCAAUUGAAAACACUGCAGAAGUGUUUAAGAUAAACUUUAUUUUUCCAAAUGGAGACAAGUAUGAUGGCGAUUGUACAAGAACACCUUCUGGAAUCUUUGAGAGAAAUGGAAUAGGUAUUCAUACCACUCCUAAUGGGAUUGUCUACAGAGGAAACUGGAAAGAUGACAAGAUGAAUGGUUUUGGAAGACUUGAACAUUUUUCUGGAGCAGUAUAUGAAGGACACUUUAAAGACAAUAUGUUUCAUGGACUGGGGACUUAUACGUUCCCAAAUGGGGCAAAGUACACGGGAAAUUUCAAUGAAAAUAGGGUGGAAGGUGAAGGACAAUACACUGACAUCCAAGGACUAGAAUGGUGUGGUAACUUUCACUUCACAGCUGCUCCAGGCCUGAGACUAAAGCUCCACAUGUAGAUAAUCUGCAUUAAAGUUUUAAUGUGCUAGUUGAAGCUUUUAGUUGUAAGGAAAACAAGUCUGUCAUCUGAAAUAACCUCAUACACCAUCUCUCUAUUAUUAAUUUUGCCAAU